AUGCAGCCAGCCAAGCCUGCUCAGCACGGAUGUAAGAACGACCUCAGUCUCAGAGCGUGUCCUGAAGCAGACGGACUCAAAGCGACUGAUGGGAGUUUGAAGCGGAGGCGACGAGCGGAGACGGCCAAGAGAAACACAAGGCGCCCAACGAGCCCUGGACAAUCUGUGCUCAAGUGUGAAGGAGAGAGGGAGCGCUCUGAGGAAGACCGAAGUGACCGAGACGAUGAAGAGCGAUGCAGACAGAGGCUCCUGCUCUGGGCUCUCGGUGCACUUGGGACAGCGGGAUAG